AACAAACUUUUUUUGUUGGGGCGAAGGGAGACACAAAAAGGUCAAGGACACAAACUCACGCUUGAGCCGAAACGCCUGGAACUGUUAUAUUAUCGUCAAGAUUGUGCGUACGACGCUGUUAUAUCGUAGACAGCUAAAAUUUUCAAGGGAUACAUCAAGUGACAACUAUGGAUUCAUCACAGCUUUCCUUGUUGCGGAAAUUUGUGGAGAUGUGUAAAGCGGAUUCCAAUAUUCUUCACGUGGCAGAUUUGGCAUUCUAUAGGGAAUAUCUUGAGUCGCUUGGAGCAAGAAUUCCUCCUCAUCGGGCCACAGACCCUGUGAAUGAGGAAGCCAAGUCAUCAAAGCCAACACAGAAGCCACCUGAACCAGAACCUGAAGAAGAGGAAGAAGAAGAAAUUGAGAGUGAUGUUGAACUGGACAACACUGGUGUCAUUACUGAUGAAGAUGAGGACAUGCCAGAAUAUGCAGAUAUUAAUACUGAGGUCACUGAUGACAUGAUCGACCAAGCUAGUGACAAGAGAAAUGCAGCAAUGGAUGCUGCAGGAGAAGGUCACUUUGAGGAUGCUAUCCAGUUGUAUACUGAAGCUAUUAAAUUAAACCCCAUGUCUGCUCUUUUAUAUGCCAAGAGAGCUAGCGUAUAUUUGAAGAUGAACAAACCCAAGAAGGCGAUUCAUGAUAGCACAAAAGCUAUUGAGCUAAAUCCUGACUCUGCCCAAGGAUACAAAUGGCGUGGAAAGGCCCAGAAAAUGUUGGGGAACUGGGAAGAUGCCUACCACGAUCUGACUCUGGCUGGAAAACUGGAUUUUGAUGAUGACAUUAAUGAGGCUUUGCAUGCUGUUACACCUAACGCAAAGAAGCUGAUGGAGCACAAGCGCAAAUAUGAGAGGAUACGAGAAGAGAAGGAACUAAAGAAGCGUAAGGAAAGGAUCCGAAAAGCCAGGGAAGAGUAUGAGAAACAAAAGGAGGAGCAGAGUCAUCAUGAAGGACCCACUGGAGGCUUUCCUGGAUUCCCUGGAGCAUUUCCAGGAUCAACAGGUGGAAUGCCAGGUAUGCCAGAUAUGGCCAGUCUUCUUCAAGACCCAGAACUCCUGGCAGCUUUUCAGGAUCCAGAGGUGUCUGCUGCUUUCCAGGAUGUGGCUGCCAAUCCAGCUAACAUUUCCAAGUACCAGAAUAACCCUCGUGUGCAGAGUGUUAUCAACAAGUUGGCAGCCAAAUUUGGAACUGGAGGGUCUGGCAUGGGGAGAGGAGGAAUGGGUGAGGGUAAAGUGUAAGAUGGUGCCUGCUUCCAAGACCAAGAGACAUUUCAGAGAAGGAUCACCAGUAAACUGCUCCUUUCAUGCUGAAUAAACAAGAGUUCAUCUCUGUGAUUUUGCAGACUUUAAAGUGGCUGGAGUUGUGUUAAAUGGAAACUCCCAGAAUGUGUACUUUACCUGUUGCUGUUAAGCUAUUCUCUGUUGUUAAAUGUUCUGAUAAAGUGCUGCUACUUGAAAACAUUUAAGGUUAUUAAUAGAGGGAUUAUAAUUUGUGUAUGAAGGUUUUUUGCUCUCUGAUGGGUGUUUCAUUUUAGUGUAUGGAAGUCCUCUUGUGAGAAUUUUUAUGCAAGACAUUGAACAGCAGGUUGUUGAUUUAAAAUUGAAAUCAUUCACUUUCAUGGAAAUUUGAUGAGAGAUCAUUUGGUUUCACAUAAUAAACUGUGUAUGUGUUGAAUGGCAUAGUAAAGGUUUAUGUUAAGCACAUGAUACAAGUUUUCAUGAUAUUUUUAACUUUUUGCAGCUUGUAUGCUCUAUUAUUCAUUUCAACAAUUACCAUUUUUUUUUCAAUGGGCAGACUAACCAAUGUAUUGCAGUUGCUCUCAGCCACUUCGAGAUUGUUUGAAUUCCAGUAUACUUUCAAGAACUUUCAGUAUGUAAAGUGCUCACCUUUUGGCACUGGCAAAAGGCACUAUACAAAUAUGUUGUAUUAUUAGUAUUAACUAUGUGUACCACUCAUUACUUUCUUGAGAAAACUGUUUAAAACAUUGUCUUCAGUAAUUAGUGUAUUUAUAUUUGCCCUGCUAGAUGUCCAAACACAAUGCUAUAGCUUUUGAUUGCAAGAAUUAUGUGUACCUUUCUGUGGGAUUUGAAAUGAACAUUUGAUUAUUCAUGUUUUACUGUUUGCAUUUCUUGAUAACAAACCAAUAACAUUUUAUAGAAAAGAUGUUUUUGUUCCAAGAUCUUGUCUGUGGUCCAUUGAUAGCAUAUAAAACAGAAAAAUCAUGCAUUGUUUUUAAACAAGCACAGCUGUAAUUCCUUGUAAUAAAUUCACAACAAACACUUCAUAGUUACAACAGCAGCAAAAUGUAUUCCCCAUUAUCCUACAUGCUCAGGUGUCUCUUACUAGGACAGUUUAUGGAGAACACAAGUUGAACAAUACCUGAGAUCUGUCAUUGCAUGAACUUGAAAGAGAAAAAAAAAUGUGUAACGUGAAGCAAAUGUUCCACUGGAUUUAUAGUCACUGAUUUAUGCAUUAUAAAAAUAUAAUAAAUCCACUUUG